AAUAUACACUGAAAGCAGAAUGAAAACAAUCUGGCUGCUUGUCUGACAUUUUCUUUCAUAUGCCGGUUUGUUUGAGAAGUUUUGUUGUUCUUAUAAUCCCUCACAUUUAUUUUGAUUUGUUCCAAAAUGUCUGACGCGUGGGAGGAGAUUCAAGCUGUCAAAUCAAAAAGAAAUGAACUUAGAGAACGGUUACAAAAGAGAAGAAAAGAAAGAGAAGAUCUCCUUGGAGGAGGCGAUUCAACUUCAACUGUUAAAACAGAUAGCAAUCAAAAAUUUUCAGAUGAAGCAUGUGAGAUAAAUCUGUCAAGUUCCAGCAAAGAAGCCAACAAAGAUAUUGAAAAUUGUGUUCUCAGGAUAUUAACCGAUGCCACACUUUCCUUACCUUCAGAUUCCAGAAUCAUUUGCCACAAUGUUUCCACUCAAAUUGGAUAUAUAGUUUCACACACAAUUGUCAGUAAUCUUCUCCAAAAAUUUGCUGCUCAAGAACUUAUUAGACUUGUAGAUGGCAUACAGGAAAAUCAGCCAGUACUUACCAUCACGCAUGCUGAGCAUGCUCGUCUUGUUGCUAUGGUUACUGAAGAUCAGCUAGGAAAUUCCAUAUCCUUGAAACGAAAGCAAAAUGAAGUGGAAGCUGAAGAGUCAGCUUUACCAGCACAAACUGUAACAGUGAAAGAAGAUCUAUCAAAGUCCAAAAGAGAGAAAAAAGAUUCCAAAAAUGAUGAUGUCAUGAACUUGUUAUCACUUCCGUCGACACGAGAAAAAGAAAACAAGAAAAUGGGUGAAGAAAUUCUGGAUCUUUUGUCGAAACCAACUGUCAAAGAAAAAUCCUUAGCAGAAAGAUUCCGUUCACAAGGAGGGGCUCAGGUUAAAGAGUUUUGCGCCCACGGAACUAAAGAUGAAUGCCGUAAAGUUUGGAUGUCUGAAUCAGAUGACGGUCUCGAAAGCAAAUGGAAUUGCCAUCGGCUUCAUUUUCGUAAAAUUAUACAGUCACACACAGACGAGUCACUUGGAGAUUGUUCUUUCUUGAAUACCUGUUUUCAUAUGGAAACGUGCAAAUACGUUCAUUACGAGGUUGACCAAGCCAUUAAAACAAAGGAUGAUUUUGAACCCGGCUCCUUGCUCGGUCAGGCAGUGGUCUCGCGAGGUGAAAGCACUGUCCUGUACCCAGCUCAGUGGAUUCAGUGUGAUUUACGGUCAUUGGAUAUGGCCAUUUUAGGUAAGUUUUCGGUUAUCAUGGCUGAUCCACCGUGGGAUAUUCACAUGGAACUUCCAUAUGGAACCCUUUCUGAUGACGAGAUGAGACAACUGAGCAUUCCUAUCCUUCAAGAUGAAGGAUUGAUAUUCCUCUGGGUUACUGGUCGAGCCAUGGAAUUGGGCCGAGAGUGCCUUCAGCUAUGGGGCUACGAACGGGUCGAUGAAAUCAUUUGGGUCAAGACAAACCAGCUACAAAGGAUUAUUCGAACAGGUCGAACAGGACACUGGUUAAACCAUGGGAAAGAACACUGCUUGGUAGGUAUGAAGGGUAAUCCCAGAAUGCUGAACCGCGGACUGGAUUGUGACGUCAUCGUGGCCGAAGUGCGGGCAACCAGCCACAAACCAGACGAAAUGUAUGGCAUUAUUGAACGUCUCUCGCCCGGAACGCGCAAAAUCGAGUUGUUUGGAAGGCCUCACAACGUACAGCCAAAUUGGAUUACCCUGGGAAAUCAACUCGAUGGUGUCCAUCUGCUUGAUCCAGACAUUGCCCGAGCCUACCAGAAACACUAUCCAGAUGCCAGUGCCCCCAAUGCCAAAUGAAAUUUGCGAAUCGCUCCGAAUUACUUUUUUCCGCAUUUUCAACGUUCAUUCAUUUUGAUCCACCCAUUUUUAAUAAGUGUCACACACCUCGAUUGCGUAAAAUAAAAAAAUUAGAAAGAAGA